AUGAAUCUCAAUUUACCAAUUCGAUCAUCCCCAAGUCCCAGGAAUCAGGCUAGUAGAAACUAUUUCACUAAUUAUACUCCUCCGGCGUCAACAGAAGCUGUCAAUGGUCCAGUACGUGAGCCCGCUCGGGAGCUUCUAACUAUAAAUGACCGCCUCAUUGUCGGUGUUGACUUCGGUACUACGUUUUCUGGGGUAGCCGCAGUAUAUACAUCGACGCCAGAUGAUGUUGAGAUCAUCAAAACGUGGCCGGGGGGGAACGGCAUCACGUCUGACAAAGUUCCUACUGAGAUUUCAUACGAUUUCCCUCCCGAUGCAGCAGCGGGUACGGAUCCCAAUGUGAAAUGGGGGUUUCAAUUCAAGCCCGAGGAGUCGCGGUUACGAUGUAUUAAGCUCUUCCUCGACCGAUCCCAGAAACUACCAUUUUAUGUCAGCCCGCAAGAGACUGCCACGCUACUAAAGAAGUAUAAUAAGACAGUUGUUGAUGCUGUUAGUGACUAUCUCACCGAAAUCUAUAAACACACUAUGGACACCCUUACUCGGCGGUACGGAGAAUCGUUCAUGGCAUCAACUAACGUAGACUUCGUACUCACUUGUCCGGCCGUGUGGUCCGAUGCAGCGAAAAACACAACCUUACAGGCUGCUGAAAGAGCUGGAAUGGGCGUUAAGUCCGAGAUCCAGAUGGUCAGCGAGCCCGAAGCCGCUGCUGUCUAUACUCUAAAAGCUAUCCAACCGAAUCACCUCAGCGUGGGAGAUAACUUCAUCGUAUGCGAUGCAGGUGGUGGGACAGUGGACUUGAUCGCAUAUAAAAUCAUAUCAUUAAAGCCGCUCAGGGUUGAAGAGUCAGCUGUUGGAACCGGUGGCCUUUGUGGAAGUGCAUUCCUGAACUAUAGAUUCGAAGAACACGUCCGAGGCCGGCUCGGUCGUAGUCGGUUCGAGGAGAUGAAACUGAAGAAAGCCAAAACUUGGCAGAUGGGCCUUCGAUACUUCGAGGAGUUCGUCAAGAGAAACUUCAAUGAAGAUGAAUAUCAAGAGGUCAAUGUUCCAUUCCCGGGUUUGCCCGACGAUGAAGAAGCGCGAGUAGACUCGGGUUUCCUCGUUUUGACAGCAGAAGAGAUUAAGGACAUUUUCGAGCCUGUAGUCAAGGAAGUCUGUGACCUCGUCCAAGGCCAGGUAGAUGUUAUCCGCGGUAAGGGAGGCAUCGUUUCGGGAAUCAUAUUGGUUGGUGGUUUCGGCCAGAGCGACUACCUCUACCGACGAUUGAAGUCGCAUUUUACAAGCACAGCACCACCUCCUUACACAGAGCGACCAACGCAUGCCACUACCAGCCUAGCAUACGAAGGGAACGGCAAUAUUGAAGUGAUGCAGCCGGUGUACGCUUGGACGGCAGUGGUCCGUGGAGCCGUACUACGUGGACUCGAAGGAAAUAUGGUUAUCAGCAGGAAGGCUCGUAUGCACUAUGGAACAUCGUACGCAACCGUCUACGAUGAAGAGAAACACAACGUAAGCGAAAGAUACUGGAGUCCUCUAUGGGAAAGGUGGAUGGUUAGCGACCGAAUGCAAUGGCAUAUCGCAAAAGGUGAAGCAAUAUCGCCCCUCUCGCCGAUCGCUUUUCAUUACACGCGUAACUUCCGACCAGGACAGUCGUUGGUGGUGACAGACGACUUAAUCGCAUGCGACGCAGACGAGCCACCAGCGGCGUACUCACGAGACCUAGUGAAUGUCUGCACCCUGACAACAGAUUUAAGUGCGGUGCCGCGGAGCUUAUUCACACGGCUUACGACGACACGGGGCGUUGAAUUCGACAACUUAGACUUUACGCUUGAGAUGAUUGUCGACAGUGCCGGUCUCGGGUUCGAACUCAAAGUGGAUGGUGUACGAUACGGGCGCGUUGAGGCAGAUUUUCACUAA